GAAAGUCCUGACACCGUUACUUUGCGUGAGUGCAGCUACAUCCUCGCCUGUGGAUUAUCAAGCCUACCUUAUUCCGGAAAGCCGCCCUACCUAAAAAACUGGAAUUGUCUGCUCUUCCGCUGCCACAGUCAUUGCUGCUCUGCUGCUAGACAAGGACACUUCAACCGCUUCUCAAGUACCUUCACACUCCAGAGACCCAGACUCAGCUUCUACCGACACCUGAAACUAAAACUUAACAGACAUGGAGGGUCACAUGGCGCGGUUUGCCCUUCUUCUGUGCAUCGCUGCUGCUGCCUCUGCCUCAAGUCAGACAUGCGAACCAAAGGAGGUCGACGACAAUGGCAGGUUCUUCAUGAAAGAGAUGUUUAUUGGCUGUUGGACCAGCUUUGUCACAGAGGACAAGGCAGAGGUCCACAUCCUCAAGUUAAUCCUCAAGGAUAACAUUUUCCAUCUCAAGACGACUAAUGCCAAGCCAAUGAACCUUAUCCUCACAUCGUCAAGCAGCAUUUCUGGACUAUACAACACCAGCGCCAAUGUUAACUUUUAUGUGAAAAAUGACUCCACAAUCAGCCUAUUUACUAAUCAGAUUCAGAACAAUGUUCACAAGCAAGACAUCCCCACUGAAGAUGAAGAGCUGGUCAAGUGGGCAAGAGAGAAGUUUGGGGGUGUGACGUCAUUCACCACUGUCCGAAAUAAGGAUAUACUGCUAACAGGAACAACAGGAACCAAAGCUGACACUCGUGACUGCAUCCUUCAAAUUGAAGAUGCUUCAGAGAAGCACUUUAUGAAGAUAGAAUCAUCUCCUUUGGCGUCUUCGGUCAGAUAUUGCUCCCCACAGCAGCAGAACCUCAGAGAUGAAGCUGAGCUCCACAUCAUCAACAUCCCAGAGGAUGCCAGAGUUAGCAAUGUAUCACUUGGCAUGGGCACAAAGAAGAUGAAGGUGUUCCUGAGAGGUCCUCAGGGCACCACAUGGAUCAUUGAUUCACAGUACACCACAUUUGCUUCUAACAAUGACGUCCUGCUGCCCAACAUGCCACACAGAUUCUCCCCUAAUCAUACACUGAACAGUGACAAUGCAGAGGAUGUGCAAAGGAAGGCUUUGGAACUUUUGAAAGCCAGUACUUUCACCAGCUAUACUGAACUCAGACCAGCGCAAUCCCCAAUUUUACUGGUUUUUGAAAGCAAUGACAACCCUGCAGUCACAGAAAGAGCACCAGAACCAGUUAUUCCCACAACUACUGCCCCUCAUCAGAUGCCCCUGUUGAUGCAGCUUUACACUUCCCCAGAUUACCGUUUUCCCCUGGACCCCAACGCCAAGGUACAGAGUGACAAGAGAAUUUAUGCAGAGAUUUCAGGGCACACUUUUGGGAGCAUUUUCUUGACCAUCAAGGUGGUCAGCUGCUUUGUGCGCUCCAAGGGCUCGUGCUCUGUAGUGAAAGAGCUGCCCUUCAUUCCAGAGGCCUGCUCCUCGAAUUCCUGUUUCAACAGCACCCGACUCAGCUUCUCCUUAGAUCAGCUCCAAGAGCUGACGUCCACCACAUGGGACCUGGAAUGCUCCAUCCAGCUAUGCUACAGUGAGAAAUGUGGAGAUGGAGGAAGAGUGAAAAGGAAUCUGGAGGUUACCCAGCCGUGUCUACAACCACCAAGCCCACCAUGCUUUGAAUUUGGGCUCCCUGGUGUUCUGGGCAUUGCAUUUGGAGGGUUUCUGAUUGGAGUAUUACUUAUUGGAGCACUGUGGUUUAUCAAAAUCAAAACAGGAUACCCAACUGGACUGGACAUGAGCUCAACUGCAGCAAAUCUUCCUGGAUGUCCCUGCUCAGGAGCAAAACGACAACCAGUUUCUACCAACCCUUCCCCCUCUGAGAACAGCAGCGCCAACGCUAGCAUUGGAAGCACCCAAAGCACACCAACCAGUAGCAUGGCAUGAGAUUAUGGUCAUCUCCACCACCAGCACGGCCACCAUCUCCCUUCAAAGUCACCUAUACGGGUUUUGUGUCUUUGUUUUCUUUUAUAAUGCUUAAAAAGCAUUUUCCCCUACCUGCCCCCUUUAAAUUCUCAUUACAAAAGUACAACCCACGUCCUUGACACACCAAGCCUGACAUGGAUGUGAUCUGGGAGUUUGUAAUGGCGGGUGGGAGCUGGAUGUUGGAUAACAGAAGUCUAAUCAAUGGCUUCUGAUGCUCACCUUUGUAGCCUCUCUGUAAAGUCAGGCUCCUAGACAGGAAGUUAAAGAGGGCAAGAGAAAAAAAAUAAAUAAAUUGGCUCCCAGCAACAGGAAAAACAAACCAUAUCCCCCAAGAGCUAACAGGAAAUUCACUGCAUUCCUUUCAAUGAAUUGUGCUUGUGUGAUGGCAGCACAAUAAUAGUUAGACAGGAGACAAACCAGUCAAAAGACUGACUUUGAAAAACAGAUAAAAGCUGUUUUGCAUUCACAUCUAAGCUACAAAAAUGCGAAGGGCUUUUGGCUAGGUCAGUCCAAAAUGUUAUCAACAACACCUCGGGAACUGAAAAGCUCAACAUGUUAGGAUCUCAAACCAGUCAAUGAAAUGCUCUUUUCGAGGGGUAUUUGUCUUAAUUGGAGUUCGAGGUCAAUGGUUAACAGCUACCUCCUAUUAUGUAGAAGUCUGGAGCUAAGUUUAAACUUAACACUAGAUUUCUCUGGUGAAUUGAUCUUAUUUUCAUUGUUUUGUUUUUUUUUAUUCUGUGUCACUUUAGGUGAAUCUAAUAUCUGACCCACUGGGUCAUUUGUAGCUCACUAAACAAAGUUAUGGUGCCAUUUUCAUGCUAUCCAAUAUCUGUAUCAGGGCCUUAAUAUCAAAAGUGUUUUUUUUCUAGUGCUUAUUGUAAGUUACAGAGAUAAAUACUUGAUUUUCUAAUUACCCGAUAAAUCCAACUAAAAUCAUGUUUAUGGCCCAAAGGUAGCAAUAAAUUAUGGACCAUUAAGAAAAGGGCUUUUAUUAAUGUGAGCCCAGAAGUAAUCACUCUUGUAAUGUACAGUGCCGCAUGUGGAGAUGUAUGGCUGUAUUCGGAGCUGAGUAAUGUGCCCAUGAGGGGGAGUUAGCACCAAAACUCUGCACAUCAGUUUUCAGGCCUCACACUCAUACAUGGACUUUAGCGCCACUCAUACAGCUACGCCCCACAGGGUGGAGUUUCCCCAAAAUAGUCUGUCUGGAGGUUGAAUUCCAGUAGUUUUCCUUUGCGCAAUAUCCAUUCUCAUCAGAAUUAGUAACAAGUCCAUCACCACUGCCUGACAGUCCAUUGCAACCAUAAAAAUCAUGCCUGUGGGAACACACACACACACACACACACACACACACACACACACACAAAGAGACCUUUAUGUGUUUUCAGGCCGAUGAAAUGAUCACCUUGUACACUAAGAUGCAGCUAUUUAUGGUGUAUUAACCAUUACUCUUCCCUUAUUUAAAGAUCAAGGCUUGACAUUAAGCAUGUAUAAACCGUCCAUCCUGCUCGCUCAUGUUCAGUGUCUUUUUUUCAUUCACUAUGUAUCCAAGCCACUAAUGUUCUGCUCUGCCUUGUGAUUGGAGAUGAGGGCACAGGAGGGAAAGAAUUUUUAGACCUCUAAUGGAUGUUAUGGAUCAGCAGCGCAUUCAGAGCUUUUCGCUUUCACAAAUAAUCCAUGGUUGCUACAAGUUGAAGAGUUGCCACCUUGACGUCACCAACCUCCUAACCUCCUAGAAAAGAAUAGGUACAGGCAAUAGGUUGUAAUAUUUGAUAUUUAAUUCGUAUUUCUUAUACUGAAGGAAAUGAAAUCUGUGCAAUUUAAGGUAAAUGUUUGUUUUAAAUUAAUAGGCCUGGAAUACUGGGAAAAAUCUCAUUCCCUCAAAGCUGAACACAGAUGAAACCUGGCAAACUCAGAUGUGCUGACUGUGCCCCCCACCCUCACAUUUCUUUGACCUUUAAACUGCCCGUAUAAGUCACCAGCUCUGAAUACAGCUCAUUUGGACUUAAUAGUAUAAUCACUAGUAACAAUAGUAUAAUACUUUUAAAAAAAUUCCAGACUAGAUUUAUUUUCAGUUAUCACACAACAUUUUUGUGAGUUUGGUGUUAAAAUUAUUAACUUCUGCUUAGUACAUUUGAUAGGCUGCAUCAGCCACUGCAGUGCUAAUGCUAGACAGAAGCUGCAGAGAUGCAUGAUGGGGACUUCCAUGAGGGCUACACCUGUAGAGUGACGGUUGAUCCGUGAACCCACUAUUUGUUUCAGUGUACAAAUGUAAAUGUGUUUUAUAUUUUUAUUGCCACUCUUUUACCUCUUUAAAAAAAAAUACCAUAAGUAAGCAAGCAACCUUUGAAAAAAUAAAUCAAUUUGUAUCUAUAGUACACAGCUUUGACAAGCACCAAAAUUAUGAGGUUAAAAUGUCUUCAUGUAAAUUUGUAACACUGAUUUACUUUUACUUUUAACUAUUUUAAAAUAGUUAUUCACCUUCUUAUUUGGAUUGUUAAAAUAACUUCACCUUCAGACCUAACCUGAAAAACUGUUCAGUGUUUUACAAACCAUCUACAUUUGUAAAAUGUCUCCUCAUUGCAUAUAUUUGAGCUAUGUAGCUUAUCCCCCCUCUUUCUAUCACUCAGUUUGUGCAUGCACGUACGUUUUUCUGUGCAUGCCUGUUUUCCUUUGUGUGUUUGUGUAGAUAUAGAACAAAGAGGGCCAGUACAAAUUGCCACUUGAGUAUUUGUGCAAUAUGAUGAGGUUAUCUUGUAUGUAAUGUCUAUAUGUAGUUUUUUACUGUUGUUUUUUUUUUUUUUUUUUUUUUUUUUUUUUUUUUUGUAAGUGUUGUAUGAUAUUCUUACUUUGAACCAUUUUCUUAAUCUGCUUCGUUCUUUUAUGUAUUUAAAGAACUGGGACCAUUUCUAAUCAAGGCACUUAUCAAAUGCACAAGAUUUGUUUUGUAUAGUAAUCUUUGUUUUUUAUUUUCAUAUAGAUUUUACUUACGAUUACAUUGUACUCACAGACAGUGCGCGACAGUACAUCUGGUUUGUUGGUUUUACCCUUGUUUGACUUCUUCCCUCAUCGUAAAAAUUCCAAAAACACAACGUAUCGCUGCUGAUACUGACAUCCUGACAUUGUACUGUGUUCAUUGUACUAUCUUCCCCGGGUGUGAUGGGGAAGAGCACUCUGAAUUCUGAAAGACAGAAUGUCUCACCACAAAGUAGCAUCCCAGUUAAACAUGCAACACUCAGGCAACAUUCAAACUUAAAGUGAAAAUGCAGCAUAUGGUGAGAACUUCUUUUUGUUUAAUUUUAGAAAAUGGCUACAGUAUUAGACAUAUUCUUCUUUUUCCCCCCUCCAAAAGUCAGGUAUUGAGGUAUACCUGUGUUAAACCUGUACCAGUGAAUGUCUGACACUGACAGUAGAAUCAGAAAGGCUGUCAAUUAAUUCACUCGCUAACCCAAAUCCUUUCUCAGACACUCUACACAGUUAACGAAAUGUGUUCGUACAUAGUAUGUGCAUUUCUGUGUGUGUCUCUGUAUCUGCCUGUGUGUAGGUGUACAGUAGAAACUAUGCCAGCAUUUAUGCGAAUGGAUUCUUCCUCCUGUCUCUUAACAAUGUCCAAAUUCAGAAUUCUAUACCAGGAAAUUUGAAGCCUGAACAACAUGUCAGAAAUGUCUGCUUUGAUUUUAUAUCGUAUAAAAUGCUGUUAUUUUUGUGCUAGAGUGAGCAGCCUUUUACCAUUUAAAAUUUUAAAUUUGUCGAGAUACUAUUCAACUGAUGUCAUGUAUUUUUAUAUUGUCUCUGAAGAAAUAUCUGUUUUCUCUGAAAUUACCUUAAUAAAGUGAAUAUGACCUUC